UCAGUAUACAACCAGCAGGACCUCUCCCUACAAUGGAGGAAUCUUAUAUCAUAGCUAUAGACUUUGGAACAGCAUAUAGUGGAUAUGCUUUUAGUUUAACAUCCAGAGAGGAAAACAUAGAUCCCCAUGUGAAAUCUUGGGGUGAAGAAGUUGGAUGAGAAACCCCAAAGACUCCUACCUGUAUUCUGUUUGAUGAGCAACAACAGUUCCUCAGCUUUGGAUAUGAAGCCAGAAAGACUUAUCAAAGUAAAUCAUGCAGAGAAUCCAGAGAAAACUUCUUCUUUGAUUGCUUUAAGAUGUCCCUCUAUGACAAAAAAAUUACCAAAAACAUGAAAAUUAAAGCAGCCAGCGGGAAGGAAAUGGAGGCAAUAAAGGUUUUUACAGAAGCUCUAAGAUUCCUGAAAGACGACGCUAUGAAAACCAUUGGAAAAAACACUGAAGGAGUGACAUUGAUUGCCAAUGACUUUACCUGGGUUCUGACUGUUCCUGCCAUCUGGGAUCAUUCAGCUAAACAGUUCAUGAGAGAAGCUGCAGUCCAGGCAGGUAUUGUGGCAGAUGGAAAUGGGAAAAAUUUGGUAGUUGCUCUGGAACCAGAAGCAGCUUCAGUCUAUUGUAAAAAACUACCAGCUGAUGGCUUCAUAGCAGAGAAGCAGGGAAAAAACAGAUUCGACCUAUUUCCUGGAACGAAGUACAUCGUUGUUGAUUGUGGAGGAGGAACCAUUGACAUCACCGUUCAUGAAGUCCUUGAGCACAGAGUUUUGAGGGAGCUGCUCAAAGCCUCUGGGAACAAUCUAGGUGGACAAACUGUGGACAGAAAAUUUAAAGAGUUUCUCAGAGAUAUAUUCUCUCCUGAAAUAUGGGAUGAAUAUGAGGAAAAGUAUCCCCAUGAGGUUACAAGAAUUGUUAAUGACUUCACACUUUUCAAAAGAAAUGAUGAUAAUGUACAAAUCAUCUGUCCACUAAAUCUAGGAACGAUGGCUCAAAAAAAACAAAACAUGGAGGAGUUCUUUAAAAAUGUGCAUGGAGCAUCUUAUGACGAGGGAUCAAUCAAUAUAUCGAAUGAAAAACGAAUAUCUUUCUUUGAAGAGUCUCUUUGUAGCAUCACUCGGCUUCUCAGAGGCAUCUUGAGCCAACUACAGAACAUUGAGUACAUUCUGUUAGUUGGAGGUUUUGCUGAAAGUCAGAUUCUACAUAAACACAUUACUGAUGAGUUUAUAGAUAUCUGUAAAGUUCUGUGUCCACUAAGGCCCCAAGAAGCUAUAAUGAAGGGAGCAGUAGAGUUUGGAAGAAACCCAGGAGUAGUUGUAUCAAGAAAAAGUGCCUAUACUUAUGGAGUUAGUCUUUUAGAGUGGUUUGAUGAGUCCAAGCACAGGGCAGACAAGAAAUACUCAAACAAAGAGGGUGACUUGUGCAGGGACAUUUUUGGAAAGCUGGUUGAAAUUGGUGAGGAUAUUGGCUGGAAUGAAACCAGAGAGCAUUUCAUAUCACCUUUAGAAAGAGAUCAAACAGAGAUAACCCUUGCGUUUUAUCGCACAAAGAAAAGAAAUCCCACAUAUGUGGAUGAGCCAAAAGUAGAAAAAAUUGGUUCAUUGGUUGUUCAGUCACCCGACACCACAAUUGGAAUGGAUCGUGUGAUUGACCUAGAUAUACGGUUUGGCUCCACAGAAAUGACAGCGACUGCCACUGACAGGGAGUCAGGGAUCGUACACACAGUUGACCUAGACUUCAUGAGAAACUAAUUGCCAUAGCAAUUAGAAUUACCUAAUCUAUUUGAAACCAAUGUAUGCACUUACUUGGCAACAUUUACAUUUUUUAUCUGCGAAUAUAAAACCGUUUUAUUGGUAAAAUAAUCUAAAUUAAAUGCAGCUGAAAAGGUUGAGGAACCGGGCAAAGGAGCAAUUCCUACUGUUGGCAAAACUCCUGUAAAGAAUAAAGGAAUGUUUAAAAGCUGCAUCUGGUCCUUGGACUAGAAAGCGGAUGAAGAAGCAGAGUUUGCAGUGCAUUUUCUAGCAAAUCCAUGCAUCAUUGCCUCUAUUAUUACUUAUGAGCCUGAAAUGUUAAAAGCACUGGUAUGUUCUGCCAUAACAAGCCACAGAUUUGUUGCAUCAUAUAAGCAAACUCCUUCUAUGUGUAUAAUGUUUAUAUUAUUGUAUUUUUUCUUGUCUGGAUUAUUUAUUUAUAUGUAUUAUGUGCUCUUUCUGGACUUGUUCCAUUUUAUUUGAUCUGCUCAUCUUUGAAAGCAUUUAUAGUCUGUAAAUGAUACCUAGAUUUUUGUACUUUAUUGUUUCUAUAUAUUUUAUAACUAUUUAUAUUUUCUGUAUCCUUAAAUUUACUUUACUACCGAUGCACAUUUUACGUGUCCGGCUGCUAAAACAAUUUACUUGUUCCUGUAGAUGGCUAACAAAGUUGUUUUUAUCUCAGAGAUUGGCAGAGUACACAAAAAAUUGUACUGAUGUAAGAGUAGACAUUCUGUAGAAAGUAAUCUACUGAAAAAUUAUUCAAGAGAAAAAAAGGAUUUGGUAAGUAGGCUAAUUAAGCACAAAGUAACUAAUUAUAACAGUUAAUUUAGUCAUUUUAAAUUGAUAAAUCUGACAGGAAAAAAUAUAAAAGUUACGUAGACAUUCAAAUUCUUAAUUUUUAAAGACUAAAAAAAGAAAGUGCUCACGGUGAAAAAAAGGGAAAAGGUGCAUCAAUUAGCUAAAGAACAUGUUAAAGGUCCCAUUUCAUGCUACACUUGAAAAUAAAACAAAUAAACAUUAACAAU